AAAUAGUGAAAUAGAUCAUAUGCGGAAACCCUAGCCUUAAAGCCAGUCGGGACUGCCGGAGAUCGAAAUCGUACUACGGGAAUUCCCUUUGCUCCACCAUGGUGGCUCCUCCCUGGCCGGACUACAACUACGCGUCAUCCACGGCCCUCGUCGAGCGGGCAUGGCACCUCCUCACCGUUCUUUUACGGCUCGGCCGCCCCGCCGCCGCUGCGGAGCUUGCAUCCAGAUGUGUCCUCGAGGUGGGCGCGGACUUCGUCGAGAUCCUCUGCAGUAUCCCCGGGUCACCUCUGAUGCUAACGGAUGACGGCUUCGUCAUCCCCUCGGACGUUACCAUGGCGGCUUUCUUGCAGUUUUUGUCGACCGGCAUUGCUCCAUUGGUUCCUAGAUUUCCGUUAACGGUUACAGCUCAGGUGAGAGUGUCCGGUGAGGUAUUUAUGAUGUAUACGAGGAAGAGGAAGUUGCAACUUUUGGAGGAUGACCGGGUUGAGACGCCAAAAGCCAAGAGGAGAUUACUAUUGCCUGAUGGAGGAUAUCUGAAAGAAUUGGGAGGAAACAAGGAACACUUUAAUCAGCUUUGUGUCGUGCAAAAUUCCGGAAAAGCUACUGCAAAGGCAUUGCAGAUAAAUCAUAUAGUUCCUGGUAUUCCUAACAAUGGUACUUUCUCAGUUGGCUCAUAUUUGUAUGAAAACCUCUCGAAGGUCAAUAACUACAUGUCUUCUUUGCCUGUGCAAAUUGACUCUGCAAAGACUGCUAGUGCAAAAAUGCUCUUCAAUAAAAUACAACCAUUGCCUCUAUUUAAGAUUACCUCAGAUUUCCAGAUCAAUAAGAAAAUUUUUGAUGAUAUUAGAGGUAAUGCCAAUCUUCACAAUGUUAGUAUCUCUAAUGGAACUGUACGUAAUCAACAAGAUAUAGCAAUGGAUACGCAGAAUUAUGUCAAAAACAAACCUGCUAAAUUUGAGGAUGAAACAGACGCUCUUCUAGUGAGAUGCUCUCAAUCAACUGCUGAGUUUCCCCAUACUAUCAAGUUGGAUUUAAAUGACUUGAAGGAUCUUGGAGGACAAAUAAAUCAUGAUGAUCAAAAUUUCAAUGGUCAAACAUUAGAGAAAUUACACGAAGCAACAACUACUAAAGGAAUCUUUUGCCAAUCAGAAGCAGGAACUAGCCCCUCACAAAUACAACCAUUGCCUCUAUUUAAGAUUACCUCAGAUUUCCAGAUCAAUAAGAAAAACUUUGAUGAUAUUAGAGGUAAUGCCAAUCUUCACAAUGUUAGUAUCUCUAAUGGAACUGUAUGUAAUCAACGAGAUAUAGCAAUGGAUACACAGAAUUAUGUCAAAAACAAACCUGCUAAAUUUGAGGAUGAAACAGACGCUCUUCUAGUGAGAUGCUCUCAAUCAACUGCUGAGUUUCCCCAAACUAUCAAGUUGGAUUUAAAUGACUUGAAGGAUCUUGGAGGACAAAUAAAUCAUGAUGAUCAAAAUUUCAAUGGUCAAACAUUAGAGAAAUUACACGAAGCAACAACUACUAAAGGAAUCUUUUGCCAAUCAGAAGCAGGAACUAGCCCCUCACAGAAAAAUCCUGAGGGUUUUGUUCCUCCAGAGCAGAUAGAUAAAGUAUUGAAACCUUUUGUGGCAUGCCAAUCAGCCGGCCAUCAAGCUGUGCAUAAUUAUGGGAGAAAAUCCAUGAAAUCAUAUGCUAUGGGAACAUCAAACUUAUGUGGAGAAUUUUGUCACUCUACUUCACCAAUGUAUUAUCAACGAGAUAGAACAUCCAUAAAAGAUAGUCAGGAAAGUAGGUUUUUAAAUUGUUCUGUCAAGAAGCAGAAAAUGAAGAAAGUUUCCAAUACUAAUAUUGUUGCUAAAUAUAAGAAUGAGGAUCCAGUACCCAAGACUUCUAAAAGCCACUUGGAUUCCAAGUUGCAGCCGAAAUUGGAAUCUUUCAUCAUAGAGGAAGAAGAAGGUUCAGGUGGAUAUGGUACUGUGUACAGGGCUCGAAGGAAAAAUGACGGAAAAAUAUUUGCUGUUAAAUGUCCCCAUGCCAAUGCUCAUUUGCAACAUGUCCACAAUGAAAUGAGGAUGCUGGCACGAUUUGGCGGAAGGAACUUUGUCAUAAAAUACGAAGGCUCAUUCAAAAGUGGCAAUUCAGAUUGUUUUGUUCUAGAACACGUUGAGCAUGACAGGCCAGAGGUCUUGAAAAAGGACAUAACUAUAUUUGAACUCCAGUGGUAUGGUUAUUGUAUGUUUAGAGCCCUUGUAAGCUUGCAUAAACAGGGAAUUGUCCAUCGGGAUGUUAAACCAGGAAAUUUUCUCUUCUCCCGUCAGCAUAAUAAGGGAUAUCUUAUAGACUUUAACUUAGCCAAUGAUCUACACCAAAAACUCUUCAAAAAUAGCAAAACAGAGAUUGGUUGUAACAUAAAAUUAGAUCCAGUGUCACAAAAUUUGAAAUCCUCUUCACCAAAACAACCAAAGAGAGUAACGAAGGAGGGAAUUUUGGUCAAAGGAACUGAGGAAGUUGAUGACUUGAAAUCCCAUCCAUCAAGAAGCUCGAGGAAGAAAACUGAGAGAAAUCCAGUGGCCAAAAUUGACAACAAAAAUAGAUGUUGCAAUCAAGCUGCAGAUAUUUCCGGUGUAACUUCAGCAAGAGAUCCCACUAGUACAAAAACACCAGUUGAUAAAUUGAAGCAACCUAUUCCUUGUAAAGGGAGGAAGGAAUUGAUUAACUUUUUGCACGAGGCAAUGCAAACUCCUGAUCACAAGGGAUCAACAGCUCCUGCUUCUCAGAGGAAAAGGGUGGCUGCUCCUUUGGGUAAAGCGGAAAGAAGGCUAGUAACUGUAACACCAAUGCCGUUGCAUUUUGAUGGAAAUGCUGUUGCUGGUGCUGGCAUGCUUGAUCCUAAAAAAAAUGGAAAGCACAAGAGAGAGGGUCCUUGCGUUGGAACCAAGGGCUUUCGAGCUCCAGAGGUUUUACUCAAGUCAAUUCACCAAGGCUGCAAAGUGGAUGUCUGGUCUGCCGGUGUUACAUUACUUUACUUAAUGAUGGGAAAGACGCCCUUUGGUGGUGAACCAGAACAGAACAUUAAAGAUAUUGCAAAAUUGAGGGGGAGUGAGGAUUUAUGGGAAGUGGCUAAACUUCACAACACUGAGUCUUCUUUUCCUCAGGAAUUGUACGAUGCUAGAUCGUUGCGAUCCUUGGAAUUAAAAGAGUGGUGUAUUCUAAACACCAGGAGACCAGAGUUUAUCGAGGCAAUUCCAGAUUCGCUGUUUGAUCUGGUGAACAAGUGUUUGACAAUAAAUCCUAGGUGCAGGAUCGCUGCUGACGAAGCUCUGGGACAUGAGUUCUUUGCUCCCUGUCAUGAAAGCCUACGAAGGCAACGAAUGCUGCGAAUGGAGGCUGCGCAGCCCUAGAAUAUCGUACAAGCCAUCUUUUGGAAUUAGCCAAACCUUUUUUUCGCAGCGUUCCUGUCUGGCUCGCAAUUCAAAAAUGUAUAGUCUGAAAGGUUUAAACCCAACCCCUUCCGUUGCCUGUUGGCUGUGACCAUUACAUAUCAUGUAGUAGGGUUUCUACAGAUACGAUGAUGGAGGGCUAAUUAUCCAAAAUGUAGUUAUUGUAGCGUUUAAUUAUCAUUCCCUAUAUGUAAUAUUUUUUUGGGUUAAGAUCCCAUUACAUAAUCAUGCAAAUCCUUCCCCUAGUUUAUUAAA